AUGGCAUCUGACACACAGGAUGACAGACCAUGGUGGGAGAGCGCUGAUGAUGAAUCUCAUGUACCAUACGUACCGCUAAAAAAGCGACGUUUAGAUUUGAUGAAAAAAAGAAAAUGCGGUGUGCAAGUUUCUCAGGAUAGUGAGCAGUCGGUAUCUCCUCCGAAGCCUACUCAGGCACCAUCUCUUGUGCAAGAGGCGCGCGACCUCCGUGAACGCCUGCGGGAUACUGAAUCUCGAGCAGAUGCCCGAGUGGAAGAAGAAAGGCAAAUUCUUGAAGCUCAUACAACUCGGAAAAAACUUGCGGGGUAUGCAGAAAUCGCUCAGAAUAUUCAGUACACUGAACCCAUUCUUCGCUCAUGGCGUCCUCCUCAUUUUGUACGUUCACGGACAGAGGAGCAGAAUGAAAUAAUGAGAAAAAGAUACCAUGUUUCUGUGGAAGGACAAGAUCCUCCUCCGCUCAUAUCAAAUUUUCGCGACAUGAAAGUGCCGGUGUGUGUCAUUGAGCAUUUGCGUACGAAAGGAAUCCAAGCUCCAACACCAAUUCAAAUGCAGGGUUUGCCUACAGCAUUUAGUGGUCGUGAUAUGAUUGGGAUUGCUUUUACUGGGGGAGGCAAAACCCUGACAUUUAGCUUACCACUCUUACUAUUUUCUGCUGAGGCCGAAAGCCGUGUGCCAUUUCAACAUGGAGAUGGACCCAUCGGGUUGAUUGUAUGUCCAUCUCGUGAAUUAGCACGGCAAACGUAUGAAUCGAUCAAAGCCAUGGCAGAGAGCCUAGAACUAGGUGGCUACGCCCGAGUGCGCGCACUCCUGUGCAUCGGUGGGGUCAGUAUGUCGGAGCAGUCGCAUAUACUUCGACAUGGCGUGCAUAUAGCCGUGGCCACUCCAGGACGUUUGCAAGACAUGCUGGAAAAGAAAAUCGUCCAACUACAUUCUUGUACAUAUUUGUGUUUGGAUGAGGCUGAUCGUAUGAUGGAUAUGGGCUUUGAAGACGAUGUGCGAAACAUCCUCAGUUAUUUUACCCAGCAAAGACAAACGCUAUUGUUUUCAGCUACGAUGCCCAAAAAAAUUCUCGAUUUGGCAGCGCAAUCGUUGUUCAAACCUGUGGUCGUGCAUGUGGGUCGUGCAGGAGCAGCAAGCCUGGACAUCAUUCAAGAAGUGGAGUACGUUGAUCCUGAGGCCAAGAAAGGACACCUACUAGAAACUUUGCAGAAAACCGCUCCUCCUGUGAUUAUAUUCAGUGAUAAUAAAAACGAGGUGGACGAUAUUCAUGAGUUUCUGUUACGUAAAGGUGUGGAGACUGUGUCUAUUCAUGGGUCCAAAUCCCAAGACGAGCGUGAGUACGCCGUGGAGAGCUUCAAAGCAAGGAACAAGGAUGUCAUGGUUGCCAGCGGUGUAGCCAGCAAAGGUCUUGAUUUUCAUGAUGUUCGUCAUGUUAUCAAUUAUACCAUGCCCAAAGACAUUGAAGAUUAUGUUCACCAAAUUGGACGAACAGGUCGAAGUGGCAGGACAGGUUUGGCUUCGACAUUUGUGAAUGCAUCCACGCCACAGACUACUUUGCUGGACCUCAAGUAUUUGCUGAUGGAGGCGAGACAGCGCGUUCCCUCCUUUUUCGCGUCAUUAGACGAUCCUCACGAAGGACCCGCAGUCACUCGCACAGGAUGUGCUGUGUGUGGUGGACUAGGACACAUCGUGGCACACUGCCCCAAGCUGGAAGAGCAGCAGCGAAGACUCACGGCAAACAUGACACGUGGUGAACAAAGUGGAUACUAA